AUGGAUUUCGCCAUGCAGAUUGACAGCUCCCGCAAGCGAUGCCGCGACGAGCCGGAGCUGCAUGGUGCCAAUGACCAGCACCUCGCGAAGAGGGCGCGCCAAUGGGACAUGGACGCGUCGACGCGCGAUUCCACUCCCAGCUUAGGCGAAUCCACUCCCUCAACACCCGCGUCUAUCGAUGUCGACAUGGAAGACACUCCCCAACAGGCGCCCACACAAGCGCCAAAGCCUGCGCCCGAACCUUUCCAGUCCGGCGGCGGAAUGAUCAUCUCGGGAUGGAACCAGAAUCGCCGGGACCAGUACCUGCGCCAAGGCUACCCCUUGGCCUGGAUGCAGAGCUCCACGCAGUCACAACGACUGCCCACACACCAAUCUCGGAAUGACAAGCCCGUCCGGCCCUUCCCGGCCCCAUCAGCCGCGAGUGCUAGCCGGAAAGUGCUGCCACCAAAAUCUGUUGCCUCCACCCGCGUCACCUUGAGUUGGUCCACAAGCAUAGAAAUAUUUUUGGUAUGGGCAGGUCCCGGCGGCUUGUUGAUCUAG